GGAAUUUUGGGGAGGAAUCCAGGUUUUCCUGGCGCUCCAUGGAGCCGUGGGUGCUGCUGGAUCCGAGGGAGAAGGAUCUGUACCGGGAUGUGAUGCAGGAGAGCUACGAGACACUCAUGUCCCUGGCAGCUCAGGGACUGGUGAGCGGCCAAGCAGCCGAGGAGGGAGCAGCAGAGGACUCGGAGGGACUCGGAACGCGCUCGACGCGCGGCGCGGAACGGGAAAAGCCCUUCGGCUCCAACCGGAGGAAAACGAAAC